GGAAGACGUGUUUCACACAUGGACUGGAGUUUGUUUUUGCAGUUUCAGGCACUAAUAUUGUAGAAGGCAACUCUGGUGUUCAGGUGCAAUUGAAUUAUACGUACAAUAAAGUAUUUAAUCGAUUGGGUGUUCUAUAAAAUGGCUUCCGAUGGAGGCGAUAAUUUGUUUGACAGUAUUUUGAUGGCUGAUAACAGAUUCCAUAACGAGGGGUAUCAGGAGGGCUUUGAGGAAGGUGUGCGUGUGGGACUGGCCGAAGGAAGGUCCCAUGGAGCUGCACACGGAGCUAAGGUUGCAACUGAGGUUUCAUUUUACUAUGGGUUUGCACUGACGUGGAAGUGUCUUCUUCAGAACAGCACAGACGCAAGAGCUAGUAAAAGGCUGAAGACUGUGGAGUCUUUAAUUGGAUUGAUUCAGCGUUUUCCUCAUGAUGAUCCUUCAUAUGAAAAUCUCCAAGAGGACAUGGAGAGGGUGCGGGCAAAGUUUCGCCAGACUUGCUCUCUUCUGAAUGUUCCUGUGGACUUCAGGGAUUACGUGAAUGGAUCACAUGGACUAUCUUUCUGAUGGAGAGCACCACGUGAUAUAACUCUGGAUCCUGAGCUCCUGGGAGCUUUUUCAGGGAGCAGUGGAAAGAGCAUGGCAGAAGACUCUUGAGAGUGCUGAAGGAGAAGUUCCAUUGGGGAGUGUCGCAGAAGACAUGGCCUCUGCUGUGAAGUCUGUCAGACCUGGAUGUGCGGGUCUGAUUCUCUUGUUGGAGAUGCCUCGCUCUCCACCUCCAUCACCAAGAAAAUCUCUGAUCUCGAAGACGGCAGAUUUCCCUGGACCCUAAGUCUUCUACAAAUAUGCUACAGAGGGCUGAAGGUGCCAUACAAAAAAAUAAAUAAAUGUUUGGACCACUCUACUUCGAACAUAUGGCAUUGCCAUUGUUUGAAAAGACGAGUAAAAAAAAUCAAGAAUUACUGCAGUAAAGUUUGUUUUUUAUGGCUUUUCAUACUGUUUAAAAUAUUUUAAAAAAAUCAAAGUUAGUAGUGAAACCACACCUUAUUUGUUGUGUAUAGAGCAGGCUGCACAUGUGGUAGUGGAAAUUGCAGUGUAAAUGUUCUUGUUUUCCAGGAUUUGUAACUAAUCUUUUUAAUGCCUGUGUAUAUCAAUUAACAGCCUUCAUACCAAUGUACAGUAUUUACAUUGAGUAGAGGUACAGGAGACAUGUUAGAGUGUUACUUUUAUUUACACUAAAUAAUAAUAGUCAGUCUCAAAUUCAGUUCCUUUUUUAUUAAAGAUUUUAUUAGUUUGGAUAAUUUUAUUUGCUGUUAUAUUUAGAAAAUUCAAACAUUGAUUUGUGUUAUGUCAUGUAAUAUAUCAGUAAUGUGGAGUUUGUCUCAACAUUUUUCUUUUACAUUUUCAAUUUUCAUUGUAAUUUUUUAAAAAAAAAACUUUAAAAGUAUCGGAUCUUCUGCAUUUAGGCAUUUUCGAAAUCAAAUUCAAUGCUGCCCUCAUGUGGUUGAUAGAAAUAAUUGCAGCUCACUCAAAAGAAUGGCUGUCAUCUUGUGGAGAGAUUCGAAACUGCAAGCAGGAGUGUUUUCAUCCACAUUGUUGAAACGGCAACAUGUUAAAUAAUGUUUUCAUGUGUGUAAGGCUAUAUGUCAGCAUUGCACAUUGGGGUGUUUCCCACUCAUGAACAGAAAUUAAUUACAUUCAAGUAAAAUGUUGCUUGUGUGAAGAAUUUCCGAAACUUCUGUAAAUACGAAAUGGAAAUCAUGUUUUAUAUUUCAUCUUAUCUUUGAAAUGCAUGUUGUUCUCAGACUCCUUACUGGUGAUAUUAAAAUUUGAUGAUCAACUCUGA